GUGAGGGGCUGGGACGGCUUAGUCGCCCAGCCACCUACGGCGCCAUGGGUGGCAAGAAAGGCCCGCCCCCGCAGCCGGGGGUUAAAGGGCCCUCCUCCCUCUUCAUCCUCUCCGACGACAACAUCCUCAGGAAGUACACCAAGUUCAUGAUAGAAUGGCCUCCGUUCGAGUACGCAGUGCUGCUGACCAUCAUCGCCAACUGCGUGGUGCUGGCCAUGGAGGAGCACCUUCCCGACGGCGACAAGACGCCUCUGGCGCAAGACUUGGAGAAGACGGAACCUUACUUCCUCUUCAUCUUCUGCGUAGAGGCGUCACUCAAGAUCAUCGCCCUCGGCUUCGUCCUCCACCCAAAAUCUUACCUGAGGAACAUAUGGAACAUGAUGGACUUCGUGGUUGUGGUGACGGGGUUCAUCACGUUAUUUGGGCAGGACGCCAUAGAAGUAGACUUAAGAACACUGAGAGCUAUCCGGGUUCUAAGGCCAUUAAAACUAGUAUCAGGCAUACCGAGCCUGCAGGUCGUCCUCAAGUCCAUCAUCAAGGCGAUGGCUCCGUUGCUGCAGAUUGGGUUGCUCGUCCUGUUCGCCAUUGUUAUAUUCGCCAUCAUAGGCCUUGAAUUCUACUCGGGUGCUCUCCAUAAAACCUGCUACAGUUUAGAAGACUUAGGUCAAAUAGUGACAGAAGGAGAGAUGCCAACGCCAUGUAACACAGACAAUGUAUCCUUUGCUCCAUCGGGUUCCUUUGUGUGUAAUUACAACAUCUCCACCUGUUUGGAGCUCUGGGAUGGUCCCAAUUAUGGCAUCACGUCCUUUGACAACAUCGGCUUUGCCAUGUUGACGGUGUUCCAGUGCAUCACGCAAGAAGGCUGGACGUCCAUACUGUACUGGACAAAUGAUGCGCUUGGUAGCAAUUUCAACUUUCUCUACUUUGUGCCCCUUAUCGUAUUGGGGUCCUUUUUCAUGCUCAACCUAGUCCUUGGUGUGUUGUCUGGAGAAUUUUCCAAUGAAAGAAAGCGCGUUGAGCGGAGAGAGCAUUACAGAAAAGUCAGGAUGAGAAGGAAUUUCACUGAGGCUUUUACGGGUUAUUUUGACUGGAUCUGUAAAGCAGAGGAAGUAAUAUUAGCAGAGGAACGUACUACAGACGAAGAAAAAGCUCAUAUAAUGGAAGCCCGGAGGAGAGCGGCGGCCAAGAAGAAAAAGUUACGACAUCUCGGGAAAAGCAAAAGCACCGAUACGUUUGUCGAGAGCUUCCUACUUAAAAAACAAAGUGAAGAAACAAGGUGCCUGUCAGAAUUUUUGGAAAGCAGAAAAAAGAUUAAGAUUUGGCAUCAGGCGAACCGUAAAACAACAGUGGUUCUACUGGUUCGUUAUCAUCCUGGUGUUCCUCAACACAGCUUGCGUGGCUGCCGAACAUUACGGCCAACCCGACUGGCUCACUAAAUUUUUGUACUAUGCAGAAUUUAUAUUUCUAGGUCUAUUCAUAACUGAAAUGUUUGUAAAAAUGUACGCCCUGGGGGCAAGAAUAUACUUCGAGUCCUCGUUCAAUCGGUUCGACUGCGUCGUCAUCAGCGGGUCCAUCUUCGAGGUCGUUUGGUCCUCCUUCAAAUCCGGGUCCUUUGGUCUGUCGGUGCUUCGAGCUCUGCGUCUCCUGAGGAUAUUCAAAGUUACAAAGUACUGGGCCUCCCUCCGUAACCUGGUGAUCUCGCUGCUGAGUUCGAUGAGGUCUAUCAUCUCUCUGUUGUUCCUGCUCUUCUUGUUCAUCCUCAUCUUCGCCCUCCUUGGUAUGCAGCUCUUCGGAGGCUCCUUCAACUUUCCUGAAGGAACUCCGCUCGCUAACUUCAACACUUUCGCCAUCGCUCUCCUAACAGUGUUUCAGAUUCUCACGGGUGAGGACUGGAACGAGGUCAUGUACAAUGGUAUCGCCUCACAGGGUGGUAUUAAGUCCGGCAUGAUCUACAGCCUUUAUUUCAUCAUCUUGGUGAUCUUCGGUAACUACACUCUCCUAAAUGUGUUCUUGGCUAUCGCCGUCGAUAACUUGGCAAACGCGCAGGAACUCACGGCGGCUAAGCAGCAAGCCGAGCUGGAGAAGGAGCUGGAGGCGCUGCAGAACAACGCAGAAGGGCCGCCCAAGGUGGAGAUCUGCCCUCCCUCUCCCGGCGGGGAAAACAAGAUGAACAGUAAGCGUGAUGGCGGAAAAGACGAUAAGGAAGCGGAGAGCGAGAACCAGGAGGAAGAUAUGGGAGGACCUAAGCCUAUGUUACCCUACUCCUCCAUGUUCAUUCUCUCACCCACCAACCCAAUUCGGAGAGCGGCGCAUUGGGUAGUGAACCUCCGCUACUUCGAUGUGUUUAUCAUGAUCGUCAUCACACUGUCUAGCAUCGCUCUCGCCUCAGAAGACCCCGUCAGAGAGGACUCUGAGUGGAACGCUAUCCUCAACUACUUUGAUUAUGCCUUUACCGGAGUUUUUGCCAUAGAGAUGAUUCUGAAAGUCAUAGACUUAGGGGUGAUAUUCCAUCCUGGCUCCUAUCUCAGGGAUAUUUGGAACAUAAUGGACUCCGUGGUUGUCAUAUGUGCGGCCGUAUCCUUUUGUUUUGAUAUGAUACCCUCCCUGCAACUGAAGGGAAGCAGCACAGGCCAGAACCUGAGCACCAUCAAGUCACUACGAGUGCUGCGUGUGCUGAGGCCCCUCAAGACCAUCAAGCGGGUACCCAAGCUGAAGGCGGUGUUCGACUGCGUCGUCAACUCCCUCAAGAAUGUGUUCAAUAUUCUCAUAGUGUACAUACUGUUCCAAUUCAUCUUCGCUGUUAUUGCUGUACAACUGUUCAAUGGAAAGUUUUUCUACUGCACCGACGAGAGUGUACAUACAAGAGAUGAAUGUCAGGGAGAAUACUUCGUCUUCGAAGGGUACGACCGGCCGCCUGAGGUUAGGCCGAGAAAGUGGAACCAACAGAGCUUCCAUUACGAUAACGUGAUGGCCGCCAUGUUGACCCUCUUCGCCGUCCAGACAGGCGAGGGUUGGCCUCAAGUCCUCCAGAACUCCAUGGCGGCGACGUACGAGGACCAUGGACCACAGCCUCAGGUCGCCGUCGAAAUGUCCAUCUUCUAUAUUGUGUACUUUAUUGUGUUCCCUUUUUUCUUCGUGAACAUCUUCGUUGCUUUGAUCAUCAUCACGUUCCAAGAGCAAGGAGAGGCUGAGCUUCAAGACGGAGAGCUCGACAAGAACCAGAAAUCGUGCAUAGACUUUGCAAUUCAGGCCAAGCCCCUUGAGCGGUACAUGCCAAAGGACCGCUCCAGUGUAAAGUACAAGAUAUGGAGAGUCGUCGUCUCAACCCCAUUUGAAUAUUUUAUCAUGUUAUUAAUCGUGUUCAAUACACUUCUCCUCAUGAUGAAGUUUCAUAAUCAGUCCAAAUUGUACAAAGAAACUCUGCACAACAUGAACACAAUCUUCACCUCGUUCUUUACCAUUGAAUGUUUACUCAAGAUUGCGGCAUUCGGAGUCAGGAAUUUUUUCAAGGAUCCCUGGCACACCUUCGACUUCAUCACCGUCAUCGGAUCCAUCAUCGACGCUCUCGUGGUGGAAUUCGGGCGAAUCUAUGGCGAAGGGACAGAAAACUUCAUCAAUGUUGGGUUUCUGAGACUGUUUCGAGCUGCCCGUCUUAUAAAGCUUCUUCGGCAAGGCUAUACCAUUCGUAUUCUACUAUGGACAUUCGUACAGUCCUUCAAAGCGCUGCCAUAUGUUUGUCUCCUCAUAGCAAUGUUAUUCUUCAUCUAUGCUAUUAUCGGCAUGCAGGUUUUUGGCAACAUGAAAUUUGACCCCGACACUGACCUAAAUCGACAUAACAACUUUCAGUCUUUCUUCGCCGCUCUCUUGCUCUUGUUUCGAUGUGCCACGGGAGAAGCGUGGCAGAGCAUCAUGUUGUCUUGCAUCAAGGGACGCCCGUGUGACCCUGACGCCCUGAAGAACAACUCCAUGAAGACGUGUGGAUCGAAUGUCGCUUACAUGUACUUCGUGACUUUCAUCUUCCUCUGCUCCUUCUUGAUGUUAAACUUGUUCGUGGCUGUCAUUAUGGACAACUUCGACUACCUGACGAGAGACUCCUCCAUCCUGGGCGCCCAUCACCUCGACGAAUACAUCAGAAUAUGGGCGGAAUACGAUCCGAACGCCACAGGGAGAAUACACUACACAGAGAUGUACGACAUGUUAAGAAACAUGGACCCCCCGUUAGGCUUCGGCAACAAAUGUCCGUAUCGGUUGGCUUACAAGAAACUCAUACGGAUGAACAUGCCGCUGGACGAUGAGGGGAAGGUCCACUUCACCACCACGCUCUUUGCGCUCAUCCGCGAGAAUCUGUGUAUCAAGAUGAGGCCCGCGGAGGAGAUGGACCAGGCUGACAUGGAGCUGAGGGCCACCAUCAAGAAACUGUGGCCACUCCAAGCCAAAAAGAAUCUUGACUUCAUAGUGCCUCCAGAUGAUGAACUUAAAUACGAGAAACUGACAGUGGGAAAAAUCUACGGGGCUCUACUCAUCCUGGAAAACUGGCGGACGACACGUUUCGGCCAAAUCCAACCCACGGGAGGCCUGAAGCCCAGUUUGUUUGCGCGGCUGAUGGGCAUAGCAGCGCCCGCCGCACCGCCCAAGACCAACGAGUCGCGCAUCAGCCUCUCCCGCUCCAUCGACGAGCAACACGAGCCCAUCGACUCCCAGGGGCAGCCGAGUCGCCAGGGCAGCCUCUCGCAGUCCAACGUGGGGCUGGAGCUGGCCGAGGUAGUGCAAGCGGCGUCCCGACGGGGCUCCCUGGCCUCGGACGACGGCGGGAGACACCUCCGGCCGGACGAGUACCACGGCUAAGAUCUCCGACGCCCAACAGGAGGAGCCCAUCGCCGCGUCGGCCCGGCCAGCCACAUGACGUCGGCUUCAGCGACGCCGUCAGCGACUUGGUGGACCUCGUCAAGCACGACCACGGGCACAAGCGAGGUAGGCUCCGAGGCAAAAUGCACGACGACUUCGGCAUGAUGUCUCCGGUGCGGGGUCGAAGUCCCAGCCGCCGCCGCGAGCCGUUCCCGGCCCGGCCCUGGGGCGUGAGGGACAUCCGCUCGGAGUCGAACAGUCCGGACCGCCACUACAUCCCCACGCGGCUGGACGCCCGCUCGCGCAGCCCCUCGCCGCACUCAGGGCUCGCCGGGACAGCAGCGCGCCGCGGCCGGACGCUGGAGUACUACGGCACGGCCUCGCUGGACCGGCGCUCGCGCAGCCCCUCGCCACACCGGCGAGCGGGCUCCAGCUACCCGACCAUACCGCAACGGCGGGGCGGCGGUCGUCGGUUGCCUGCCACACCCAACAAACCCUCUACUCUCCACCUGGGCCCCCAGCCCCAGGGCGCGGGCCACGCGGGACCCAGCCACCACACUCUCCCAGGGGCUAAAUCCCCCACUAGAUCUCAACCCAUUAAUUUCCCCAAGCUGAACGCCUCGCCUACGCAUGUGCCCAAGUUAGAAAUGCCUCCGGUGUUCCGCGAGCGAAGGACUCCACCAGUGACAGAGGGGAGCGCUCGCCCCCGAGGGCCCCCGCAAGGGAUCAUUCCCCAAGGGGCACUCAGGCGGCCGCCCAUGGCGCCCAUUAGAGACCAAUAUCCGUAUGAGCGGCGGCCAGAAGAGCCACUUAGUUUCGAACAGGCGGCUGCCUACGCGCGAGGCCCCCGGCGUCAGCUGCCCUCACCAGCAGUGCCUAACGGGUACAAGCCAGGGCGGGACCGUGCAGUGACGCGGCUACCCGCCCCUGGGGUUGGGGGGGGAGGGGCGGGGCCUCAGCGGAAGGGGGCCCAGGGGGAGCGACAUAGUGACAGUGAUGAGGACGACUGGUGCUAGUGGAUCCCACAGGGCGGCGUAGGCCCCCACCCCCCUAGGGCGGUGGUGGGGGCGGCACUGCCCUGACUAGCAGUGCCUGGGGGUAGAGUGCAGCACUGGACCUGGGCAGGGGAGUAAAAUAGGGCCACAAGACUAGUGUGGCUUUUCUUCAUGUUUGUUUUGUACCAUAUCCCCUACAAGUGCUUUAUUUAAAACAUACAACAAAUGUUCUAUCAAAUCUGUGAUAUUUUAAUGUCACCACUACUGUAGCUCUCUUGUGUGAGGGUUGUAUGAAUAUCAAAAAAAAAAACGAGCAGAAUGAGAUAUGUCAUUCCAUUUUAUCUGUCGGUUUAGUCAUUGUUCGUUAGGUGUAGUAUGAGUACCACUUUGUUACCUUUUUCUUCUGGUUUUUGACGACUAGGCAGUUAGUCAGUAGUGUUUACGAUUUGCUACGGAGACAGAGGUUCUCCAGGUCAAUCUCACGCGACAAGAACAACCAUUUGCCUGCCAAAGCUCGAGUGUUUGUGCUGCCGAGCAGCCUCAGUGCGUGGGUGGACGGCGAUGCUGGAGUCUCUUGCUGCUGUCCUUUCACAUUCCUCCUCGCCUUGCAGGUUUUGUUGUACUCGUUAGUCUUAAAUUGUGUGGACGGCGGUACCUUUUGUAUCUCUUGUCCACAACCAAAGUGUGUGUCCAUCAGUGUGGAGUGGGGACAGCAAGGCCCCUCCCCUCUCUCCUGCUCCAUUUUGCACCAAAGUAAUCAUUAAAAAUGGAUUCAAUAUUACAUCACGAUUAGCGGACAUAAAAUAUAUGUGGUAACACAAAAAUUGGAAUUGUAUGUUAAGAAAUUAUCGGUGAUUUAUCAUUGAGAAAAAUAUAUAGUGGUCACUCUUUGUCAAACUGAAAAAAAAAUAACAGAGAAAAACAGCAUUGGCUUUAACAGUGUACGAGUCCUGUGUUAAACCUAGCGUGGUGAUGCGUCCACUCUUUCUUGUAUAUUACUCUUGAUGCCCCUUUGAAGAAAUGUUGGGAAGACAGUGACCCAAGAAACGCCUCCAGUUAAAGUAAAUUCCUAAAAGCUUAGGAUGUUUAAUGACUGUGAAUAUUAGGGACUUUGGUUUUACACUAACGAGAAGAGCUUGGUUUACUGGGGAAUGUUAUUAUUUAGGGGAUCCUUGUGGUCUUUGGAUUUAACGUUUUGACCUUUUGUAUUAAAAGUCCUGCCUUAUAUGGAUUGGCCCUCACCUUGGGGGAGUGUUCAGCUUGGCACUCUAGGCGCAGCUGUGGGGGUUUUUGGGCACCCAUGGAGGCACGAAGCACCUGAGGGUGGGAUUUUGGGACACCCAGAGAGCUUAUGAAAAGAACCCAGGGACAUUAGGGACACCCAGGACUCUAAGGGCAUCUAGGGAUAUAGGGGAACCCAGAUAUUUUAAAGAGCACCUUUGUGUUUUUUGCUUUUUUGAGAAAAAAAUAAUGUAUCUACAGAA